GUUUAUUCCCACUUGGCAACCGCACGUGUCAGCCGGGCGGCAGCGCAAAGGUGGUCGUAGACACGACGUCGCUCUGCCUUAUUUGAGGAUUUCCUUGAGUGUGUUGUUUUCGUUGCACAUUCAUGAUGCGUCCGCUCCUACUUGUGAUCUUGCUGGCGUUCUUGGCGGCGGUUUCGUGCAAUAAGUACUCGAAGGAAGCGAACGAGAAGGUGCAGUUCGAGCGGGAUCCCUUCAGGAUGGCCAAGCUGAACCUGCUGUGGGAGAAGGCGCUCAAGAGGUUAGCAGAGCCGAAGCUGAAGACAUUGAUGUCUGAGCUGAAGUUGCAGGACAAAGAGGAAAUGACUCUAAAGAAACUCAAGACAGAUGGAGGGGACAAGGAGGGCCUGAAGGAGUCCGAGCUCCGCAAGAAGCUGAGAGCAAUAAUGAUCAGGUAUAACCUGGGUGAGGACAUUGGAGAUUUCGUACCAGCUGGGACCAAGGAGGCCUACCUGAACGAAGUCACAGACCAGAAGAUCCUCAAGGCAGUCUUUAAGGACAAGAAGUUGAACAAAUUGUGGCAGAAAGCGGAGAUCUCUGGAUUCACUGAGGCAGAGCUCAAGGCCUUAAAGGAAGAGUUUGAACACCAUCAGGAAAAAGUGGAUGAGUACUACUCCCUCCUAAACACAGCAGCUGUCAAAACAGAACAAGAGCAAAACAAUUUGGAGAAUGAUGUUAAAAAAUUUGACACUCUUCAGGACCUAGAAGGGCCUGCUAAGUCAGUGAAGGAUCCCUCAAACAGUAUUAGGGAGAAGCAUCGAGAACUGAAGGACAGCUAUGAUCGGUUGCACAAGGUGGCAUCAACAGGUCCUGACAGCAAAGAGUUUAUUGAGCCUAAAGUUGCAGGACUGUGGAAGCUUGCUGUGCGUGGAGAUUUUACACAAGAGGAGCUGGAAUCUCUUCAUACGGAACUCAAACACUAUGAACAUCGACUUCUCAAAGUACGACAUAUGACAGGUCAAUUAGAAGUCCUGCAGUCACGGUCUGGGGCAGAAAUUAAGGAGUCAGAAAAGCAGCUGCAUUCCACAGAAGGUCAGCGCUUGUUGCAAGAACGUUUGAGUAAGCAACAGCGCAAGGUUGAAAAGCUGCAUGAGGAUCUGGAGAUGAGGAUCUUUCAAAGGCAUCUAGAAUUAUGAUGUAUCCUCUGUUUGUUUGCCGAAGUUAUGAAUAACUUGAUUAAAUAAGAAAAUUGUGUAAACAGAACAAAGAAAGAAUGAGAAUUUGAUUGUUUAGUGUUGGAGCAUUGAAUGAUUUUUGUAAUAUUUGUUCUCUUAGCUUAAUGUAUAAAAAGUAUAUUUUCAGCUUUAUAAGAAAAUAAAUAGACAUUAAAA